CGCUCUCUCUCUCUCUCUCUCUCCUUCCUCUCUGCAACAGUUUCACCGUUCUCCCAAACCCCUAGAUUUUCUCAUACGAUCCUUCUCUUCUCGUCUCUUCAGCCUUUCUCUCUGCAAAUCACUUCUUUCCCUCUUGUCUCCAGAGCUCUAAUCCUGCGCUGCCUCUGCUUUCGAUCUCCGGACUCUAUUCAUCUGCCCCCCAUGGCUCAUGGAAAGUUCGAUCUCCCUGACGAUCUUCUCUCCUCCCGGCCCUCCGAUCACUCGUGGAUGCCCAAAGUGGAAGCUUCUGGAGGGAAUGAUGAGGAGAAGGUGCUCACGGCCUUCCUUGAUGAGUCAAAAGACUCGGUGGCUUCGGAGAACAGCAUACCUUUGUCCCCUCAAUGGCUAUACGCCAGACCAAGUGAAACUAAGGUGGAAGUGCGUGCUCCAACACCAGUGUCCCUUGCUAUCUCCACUGAUCUCAAUCAGAAAGAGGGUUGGCGCCCAGAUGGGUCUGAGGACAAGAAGGAUUGGAGGAAAAAUACUUCUGAAAGUGAAAGUGGCCGCCGUUGGCGAGAGGAAGAGCGAGAAACUGGCUUACUUGGUGGCCGCCGCAGGAAAACUGAGCGCCGCAUUGAUAACAUGUCAACUAAGGAGACGAUAGAGGGUAGAAUCUUGCCUAAUUCAGACAGAUGGCAUGAUGGUCGUACUUCUGGGCAUGAUAGUCGCACUUCUGGUCAUGAUGGUCGGACUUCUGGACAUGAUGGUCGUGCUUCUGGGUAUGAUAGUCGUACUUCUGGUCAUGAUGCACGACGCGACAACAAAUGGACGGUGAGAUGGGGACCAGAUGACAAGGAAAAGGAAACACGGAUGGACAAGCGAUCAGAUGCUGAUAAGGAAGAUGUUCGCAAUGACAAUCAAUCAGUGAGUGGCAAUCGCCCUGUUUCUGAGCGUGACUCUGAUUCACGUGAUAAAUGGAGGCCUCGCCAUAGGAUGGAAAGCCAUUCGGUUGGUUCAACUUCCUCUCGUGCUGCACCUGGUUUUUCACUUGAGAGAGGGCGGGGAGAUGGGGGGUCUAAUUUAGGAUUUACAAUUGGAAGAGGAAGGUCAAGUACUAUUGGGAGAUCAACUGGAUCCCCUGGAGUUCCACUCUUGAAUAAGAUUGAAAAUGUUCCUGGGAAACCAAGAUAUUCAACUCAUGCCUUUUGCUACCCUAGGGGUAAGCUUCUUGACAUAUAUAGGAGGCAGAAAUCUGAUCCAUCGUUCUCAGCUCUGCCUAAUGAUAUUGAAGAAUUGCAGCCUGUGACUCAACUUAGUGUUGUAGAACCAUUAGCUUUUGUUUCUCCGGAUGCUGAGGAGGAGACUACACUUGGUGACAUAUGGAAAGGAAAAAUCACAAGUAGCGGGGUUGUAAACAAUUCACAUAAGAAAGGGAAGAUAUCUGAAUGUAUUUUAGGAGAUGUAGACUCCAUAGAUGGAAAUCAGACUGGGUUGGAUUCUACUUCAGGAUCCGACAAUGUAGCAGCAACUCCAAAUGAAGAUAUUGCUAAUGCGACUCAUGAAGUUACAUAUGAUGAAGCAUGCCAAGAUGCUAGUGACAGGGGCAUUUGGAGUCAUCCUUCAAUGAGAGAUGUCCUAGAUGGACAAUUUAUCAGCCAUAAGGAAGAGGAAAAAAGGUCUGGUGCCGCUGUUUCUAUGUCCAACUAUGGUGGAUUGGCCCACACAGUAUCUACAGUAGCCUCCCAACAUGUGAUGGAGAUUGGUAGUGGAUACCCUGGUACUCAAUUAAAUGUUGGUGUGAGUGGGCGAGCAGAUUCUGAUCAUAUAAGGCCUCAUAACUUUGAUGAAAUUGAGUUUUCCAAUUCCUUUGAUGUCAGAUCCAAGCUUUCUGAUGAUCCUAGUUCUAUUUUCUUUAUUCCCUUCUCUGAGCAAAAUCCAAAUAAAAGUUCUGAUGUGAAAUCUGAGGAGUUGAGUUUGUUCUAUCUUGACCCUCAAGGGGUUAUGCAGGGGCCAUUUAUUGGGGCUGACAUAAUCUUGUGGUAUGAACAAGGUUUCUUUGGGUUGGACCUGCCUGUUCGGUUGGCGGAUGCCCCCGAGUCCCCAUUCUGUGAGCUGGGGGAGGUUAUGCCACAUUUGAAAGUUAGAGAGGGAAGUGUUGACUGUGCUGAUACAAAAUCUCUUUCAGGCCAGUCUGGUGCCUCGGGAGGAAUAAUGGAGACAAAUUUAUCUUCUAAGCAUCCAGCUCUUGAUAUGAAUGAGGCAUCCACAACCAAUGAGGUUCAUCGUUCUUUGGCUGAAUUACAUAGCCUCUCCAAUCAACAAAUUCCAUCUGGAAUUUCUGAGACUGAAUCACCAUUUCACUUACAUUCCAAGGGUCAAAGCUUUCAUGAUGUUGUGGCUCAGAAUGAAGAAAUUGUGUUUUCUGGAAGACCUGGAAACGACGGUUAUCAAUUUCCAAACUCUUCUGGUGUACUGCCUUUGGUGAAUUCUAUUAGCCAACCUUCUCUUUCGAAUGAGUCAACUGAUCGCAGUGUGCCUGUUCAGAAUGAAAAUAAGUUGCACCCUUUUGGAUUGUUGUGGUCUGAGCUGGAAGGUACAAAUAUGAAACCAGUUGAGGCCACAAAUUCGAAACAUGCCAAGUCAGUUAACAUGCCUUCAAGCAUGGUAAGGACUGCACCAGUAGUUGGGAAGGGGGAAGCAUCUCUCAAUGCAGAGACAUGGCUUGAUGUUUACAGAAGAAGUAUGCAUUCUGACCAGAGUGUAUACCAGGAUGCGAACGUUGCUCAUUCCCUGCCACAUAUAGAACAAGAGUCUAAUAGGUUUGAUUUGGCUGAUCAACUCAUGUCGCAUCAAUAUCAUCAGGCACUUCAACAGCGGAAUUUGUUGUCUCACUCUAAUGAAGCUACCUUAGAUCAUCAUAUGCAACAGCAGAGUCUUAUUCACCAGCAACAGCUGUUGGCUAAUAGAAGUACACCAGAUCUUGAUCAUUUCUUGAGCUUGCAGAUGCAACAGCAACAUCAACAGCAACAGCAACGGCAGCUGCAGUUACAGCACCAAUUACAGCAGCAGCAGUUGCAGCAGCAGCAAAAGCUUUUGCAUGAACAACAUCAUUCUCAAGUCCAGCAGGCGCUGAUUGAACAGUUGUUGCAUAGACAAAUGCAUGAUUCAGGCCUUGUGCAGUCACAUAUUGAUCCAAUUAGAGCCAAUAAUGCUCUUGAUCAGGUGAUCAUGGAGCAACGUCUUUUACAUGAGUUACAGCAACAGUCUCAUCAUCAACAUAGAUCUGUUGAUCCAUCUUUCGAGCAGCUUAUUAAAGCGAAGUUUGGUCACUUGCCACCACAAAAAGAACAACAAAGAGAUUUGUCUGAAUUAAUUUCUCGGGCUCAGCAUGGACACAUGCAACCAUUGGAUCAUCAAAUUCUCCAGCAGGAAAUGCUACAAUCGAGACAGUUGUCAGCAUUAAGGCAGAGAGCCAAUAUGGAGGACAAGAGACAUGUUGCUGGUCCUAUCUGGCAAGAGGAUGAGGCUGAUCAGCAGUUUUUCAGAGGACAUGCUGUCACACAACGUUUACCAUCUUCAGGGUUUGAAUCAUUCCAGCAUCAACAGAGGCAAACUCAUGUAGGGCCGCUGAAUCAUGUAGAGCGCAAUCUUUCAUUUCAAGAUCGGUUAAGACUAGGUCUUUAUGAGCCUGCUUCAGUUCCACUUGAAAGAUCAAUAUCCUAUCCUGAUGUAGCUCAGGGGAUGAAUCUGGAUGUUGUUAAUGCUAUGGCCCAUGCUCGUGCUUUAGAAUUACAAGAAUCCAGUGCACACAAUCCACCUGGUGGUCAACUGGGACAAUAUGCACCCAGUACCAUUCCACAGAAUCAUCAUCACUCUCUAGUCAGUAACCAAUUUCAUGUUUCACAUUUUGAUAGAACUGAAGGAAGCUGGUCUGAGGAAAAUGACCGACUUGGAAAUGAUUGGAUGGAGUCUCGCAUUCAACAACUGCAUAUCAAUGCUGAGCAACAGAAAAGGGAGUUGGAAGCUAAAAUGAUUUCUGAGGAUCCAACUUUAUGGAUGUCAGACGGGCUUAAUGAUGAGAAGUCAAAGCAGUUAUUGAUGGAACUCCUCAAUCAGAAAUCUGUUCAUCAACCUACAGAAUCCUUGGAUGUUGGAAGUGGACCAUCUUUCAAGAGAGCAUCAUCUGGCCUCUAUUCUGGAUCAGGCUCUCUUGAACAGUCGUUCAUUCUUCAUUCAGCAGGCAAGGAAAGAGGUUUGAACAACACAUCGUCAAUGGGGCCUUAUGGUUCUAAUUCUUAUGAACCACUGCAAGACGAGCAUCCUGGCAGCUUGACAAGCAAUGAGAAGGUCCCAUACAGGUCGGAUUCUGUCUCUGUUGUUAAGGGAGCAUCAAUUUUGGCUGGUCUUAAAGCCAAUGGUGCAGUUAACCACUCUAGUUCUACCAUGGCUGGUAACCUUUCUAUGAAUAAAGAUGUAUUGGAUGUGGAGGGCAGGGCUCGAGGAUUGAAAGGUGAGGGUUUGAUGAAAACUCAAGCUUUUCAAAUUCAAGAAAGCAUGCUUGAUCAAGUGGCAUCUACUGAUCGUGGGGAAUUUUCAAUAGAUACUCAUACCCUUAGUCGGCAUUCUUCUCUUGGUUCUGCUGGCCUUCACAAUGAAAAGAUUGCUAAUACGUUUCCAGAAGAGAUUGCUAAAGACCCGGUGCCCACUCACAAUAAAGAUAACACUUUGUUGAAACGCCCUCCUGUCUCACGCACUUCGGCAUCCCAGGAUGGAUUGUCUGUCCUGUUUUCCGAUCCAGUUGUUAGAGGGAAGAACUUGGACGGUGGAAGACUGGAGCCAACUGGUAUCUUGGUGAACCAAGAAAACAUGGCAGCUGUGAAGAAAGAGAUGCGUUUUCGGCGCUCUUCUUCUUGUAGCGACAGCGACGUGUCGGAGACUUCAUUUAUUGAUAUGCUGAAAAAGACAGCACUGCAAGAAGCCCAUCCGACAACAGGGGUAGUUUCAGAGCCAUCUGAUGGAAUGCAGGGAGGGGGGAAAGGUGGGAAAAAGAAAGGGAAGAAGGGGAGACAAAUAGACCCAGCCCUACUGGGUUUCAAAGUCACCAGCAACCGAAUUAUGAUGGGAGAAAUUCAACGCUUAGACGAUUAGGCAAAAUAGAUAGAACAGAAAUUGAUUGUUUUUUUUUUUUCCCUUUCUUGUUUGGUUCUUUCUCCAAUCAUUUUUGUUGAAUGUGCAGUUGUCUGUUUUGUUCUUUGUUUAACCCUCUUGUAAGUUGUUGUAUAGGUUUUCUAGAGGUCAGCGGUCAGCGGUCAGCUGCGUAAAACCAUUUGGCAGGUAUAUGUAUUCCAAUUCUUUUCUUUUCUCCCGCAGUUGUAAAUGAUCAAAUUUGAGUUGGUCAAUACCAAACCUUUGUACUGGAACUUGGAAGAGAGUUGAAAUAUUUUCAUUUUUU